AUGGCCGACCCCGAGAACUUUGAGGAGGACCUCUUCGCCGACCUUUACGACGAUAAUGAUGCUUCCAAGGGCCCGGCCCCAGCUCCGGCCCCAGCCACCGCCCCCCCUGCGCCGGCUCCCGCACCGGUUCAGGAGACCAGGACGGAGGACGCAGCUGGACACGACCAUGCGCACGAUGCGGGAGCGGCCGAGGAUAUGAACCAGGACCAGGACGACGACGACGACGACGACGAUGUCGACUUCAACCUCGGUGGCGGAAACGCCCAUACAGGCCCGUCGGCUGCAGUUGCACAGGAGCAACACGUCCAGGCCCCUACACCCCCGCAGUAUGGAUCUGUUCAUAAAGCCAGCGCCAAGGAUGACGGGAAAAUGUUUAUUGGUGGCUUGAAUUGGGAGACGACAGACCAGUCACUACGAGACUACUUUUCACAGUUUGGGGAGGUGGUGGAAUGUACCGUGAUGCGCGACAGCGCCACCGGACGGUCCCGAGGGUUCGGCUUCCUGACCUUCAAGGAUGCCAAGACGGUCAACAUUGUGAUGGUGAAGGAGCAUUAUCUCGAUGGGAAGAUUAUUGACCCGAAGCGAGCCAUCCCUAGGGAUGAGCAGGAGAAGACGAGCAAGAUUUUCGUGGGCGGUGUCAGCCAGGAGACAACAGACCAAGAGUUCCGGGACUACUUUGCUCAGUUUGGCCGAGUGGUUGAUGCGACGCUCAUGAUGGACAAGGACACGGGGCGCCCCAGAGGGUUCGGCUUCGUCACCUUUGAGAGCGAGUCAGGUGUGGAUGCUUGCAUCGACGUGCCGCUCGAGAUCCACGGAAAGCCCGUCGAGGUCAAGAAGGCCCAACCGCGGGGCAACCUCCGGGAUGACGAUGACUCGUCGAAGCGGAUGAAGUUCCAACAGCGGGGUGGACCCGGCGGCGGAGGCGGCGACCAGGGAGGUGCUCAAGGCGGCAUGGGUGGCAACGGAAUGGGCAACAAUGGUAUGACGCCUCAGGUCAUGGCACAGUAUUUCCAGCGCAUGCAGCAGUACUUUGCCAUGAUGCAGUCACAGAUGGCCAUGAGGGGCAUGCCUCAGCAAAUGAACCCUCAGAUGAUGCAGCAGAUGAUGCAGAUGCAGCAGAUGCAGCAACAGAUGAUGGGAGGCGCUGGCGGCCCUGGCGGCCCCGGAGGCCCCGGUGGACAACAGAACAUGAUGGGCGGCGGUCCCGGCGUCGGCAUGAACCCCCAACAGAUGCAGCAGAUGCAGCAGCAAAUGAUGCAGCAGCAGCAGCAGCAGCAGCAGCAGCAAGGUGGGGGCGGCUACGACCAGUACAGCCAGCAGCAACACCAUGGUGGAGGACCGGGUGGUCGUCGUGGGGGGGGCCGCGGUGGAAGUUUUGGUGGUUACGGGGGUGGCAGCGGCGGUAGCCAGGCUUCGUACGAAGGCAUGUACGAUGAUGCUCCUCCACGUGACGGCACCAAUGCGCCGCCAGCAAACGCGCCCACAGGGCCCAAGAAUGCUGGGAAGCCUGGUGCCAACUACCGUGGUGGAGGCCGUGGGGGCAACAGGGGAUUCCAUCCGUAUGCCAGGUGA